CCCACAACCAAAUCUCAGAUUGGUAAUAAUUUGCCAGCCAACAGGAUAUGCACUGAGGUGACUUCCGGUUUUCUGAGGUUGAAGAAGGAAGCGGCUCUUGAUUAAAGCCUUUAAUUAAAGCAGCUGGAGUCACAGGUGUGUAUUCCUGGCGUUGGCUUGCUUUUUUUUUUUUUUUUUUUUUUUUCUUUUUUUGUACUUCUGAGAGGAAAGGGAGACGAAAUGUCACAACGACGGGCGAAAGUUGAAGCAAAUACCGAGAACAAGCAGCAGCUGAGUCGGAAAAUGCGACGGAAGAAGCAUGGGCUUUUUAUCCAACAGAUUGAGAAAGAAGCACAGGACCGCAUGAGGCACUUGGAGUCCAAACUGGAGAGUCUCAUAGCGACAGUUGACAAAGUGUUUAAAGUGGAGCUGAUGAAAAUGCCUCCUUCUCUUCAAAAUACUCUCGUAGGGGAUCUGAUCAGCCAGGACCUCUCGGCCAGUGAGGUGUCGAUAGCCAUUCAGAGUGAAUCCCGUGAAAUGACUCAGCCUCUCAAGCGAGUCCCCAGGGGACCAGUAAAAUCGACUGAUUCUGCGCCGGUGUUGUCCACCCCGGCCCAGAGGGCUUCUGCCAGGAAUGCAAAGAGUGCCAAAACAGGCACAAAAAGAAAUAGAACUAUAACUAUCAGCAACAGCACUGGAAACCUCAGAGCUUCCUCAGCGACGAUCAAACGAGCCCAGAGCCAUCUGGCGAGUCGCAAAACUCCCGAAAUGACUCCCGAGGCGGUACAGAAGCAGAAAAAGCCUAAACUCAGGUCGGUUCUGUCUGCUGGUGAGCUGUCUUGUUCAAUGGCAGGACCUGCAGCCCACAUCACUGUGACGACGGCGCAGGGACAGAUGUUAAUGUUUUCUGAAGAGACAAAGGAGGAAAUCAACCUGGAGUUGCUUGAUGAUGUGGCUUGGUGCCAGAUUCAGAAGCUUACAAGUCUGAUGGACUAUUUAGCGCAGCGCAGUCAAAUUCAGUGACAUUUGACCUGGACCAACCAGUUGGGCUUGACUCCUUUUUUAAAUGUGCCAUCUUUGGGUUGCAGUCUUUUCAUAGACUGCGCACAAUCGACUAUAAUGUGUAAUAAGA